CAUGCUGUGCGACCAAAUCUGUGCGUGGCGAUGGCUGCAAACGUUGAUCCCUUGGUCGUUGGUCGAGUCAUCGGCGAUGUGGUCGACAUGUUUGUGCCCACUGUUUCCAUGUCUGUGUACUAUGGAUCGAAGCAUGUCAACAAUGGCUGCGACAUUAAGCCUUCCAUGGCCGCCGCACCACCUCGAGUUACCAUCACCGGACAUGCAAAUGAACUCUACACCUUGGUGAUGACGGACCCUGAUGCUCCGAGUCCAAGUGAGCCAAGCAUGAGGGAGUGGGUCCAUUGGAUUGUGACGGACAUUCCAGGGCGCUCAAAUGUCACUCGAGGUAGGGAGGUGCUGCCGUACAUAGGGCCACGGCCACCCGUCGGAAUCCACCGUUAUAUAUUAGUGCUUUUCCGGCAGAACGCGAGCGUGGAAGGGGUGGAGGCACCAGUGUCGCGCACGCAUUUCAACACCAGAGCGUUCGCGCAAGAGCUUGAUCUGGGCAUGCCUGUGGCCACUGUUUAUUUCAAUGCUCAUAAGGAGCCGGCAAACAGAAAGCGUCAGUAUUAGCCAAA